CGGUUGUGAUUGUCUCUCUCUCUUCAUGCAGUAAAAUGGCAGAAGCCAGAAUUUCUGAGGAUGAGUUCAUGUGUACAGUGUGCCUGGAUCUCCUGAAGGAACCGGUGACCAUCCGCUGUGGACACAGUUACUGUAAGAGCUGUAUUACAGACUGCUGGGAUCAGGAGCAUGAUACAAAUCUCAGAUGUCCUCAGUGCAGACAUACCUUCAGCCUAAGACCUGCUUUAGGUAAGAACACCAUGCUGGCUGAAGUGGUGGAGAAACUGAGGAAGGCUAAAUGUCCUGCUGACUGUUACGCUGGAGCUGGGGAUGUGCAGUGUGAUGUCUGUCCUGGAAGAAAAUACAAAGCUGUCAAGUCCUGUCUGGUGUGUCAGGAAUCUUACUGUCAAACUCACUUUGACCGUCAUGAGGAGUUUCACUCUCAUAAGCCACAUAAAGUGAUUGAUGCCACUGGACGACUGCAGGAUAUGAUCUGCCACAAACAUGAUAAACAGCUGGAAAUGUACUGUAUCACUGACCAACAAUGCAUCUGUGUGCUGUGUAAAGAGUAUGAACAUAAAAACCACAAAACUAUAUCAAGUGCAGCUCAGUGGACAAAAGACCAGAAACUGCUGAAGGAGACGGCGAUGAAGUUCCAGCACAGAAUCCAACAGAGACAGAAAGAUCUCCAGCAGCUGAGAGAGGCUGCAGCGUCUCGUAAGCGCUCUGCACACACAACAGUGGAGGACACUGAGAGCAUCUUUACUGAGCUCAUCCGCUUCAUUGAGAGAAGCAGCUCUGAGGUCACGCAGAUGAUCAGAGAUCAGGAAAAGAUUGCAGCGAGUCAAGCUGAAGAACUCAAUGAGCAGCUGGAGCAAGAGAUUGAUGCUCUGAAGAGGAGAGACGCUGAGCUGAAGCACAACCACAUCUAUUCCCUGCUGAGUCUCCAGUCUCUCUCGGCAGCUCCUGGAUCUACAGACAUCCCCGUUGUGCCCUUCAGCUCUCUCCACCCUUUCGAUGCCGUGAGAGAAUCUGUCCAUCAGCUGAGAGACAAACUGGAGGAUUUCUGCAAAGACGAGAUCAAGAAGAUCUGUGACAGAGUCACAUGCACCAAUAUCGUUCCCAAGACCAGGAACGGCUUUCUACAAUAUUGCCAUCAGUUCACUCUGGAUGCAAACACAGUGAAUAAAUGCCUCCAGCUCUCUAAGAGGAACAGAGUGAUUAAAUACACUGACAAAAUCCAGUCGUACGCUGACCAUCCGGACAGAUUUGAUUAUUGGUACCAGGUGUUGUGUAGAGAGAGCAUUUGUGGACGCUCUUACUGGGAGAUUGAGUGGAGUGGGCAAUAUGUGUGUAUUUCAGUGUCAUAUAAGAGCAUCAGCAGGAAGGAAAAUAGUUAUGAAUGUUUGUUUGGACGUAAUGAUCAGUCCUGGAGUUUGUUCUGUUUUCCCUCCAGUUACUCGUUCUGGCACAAUGACAAAGAGACUGAUCUCCUCCCCGUAGCGUCCAUCAGCUCUAGAAUAGGAGUGUAUGUGGAUCACAGUGCAGGAACUCUGUCCUUCUACAGCGUCUCUCACACAAUGAGCCUCAUCCACACGCUCCAGACCACAUUCACUCAGCCGCUCUAUCCUGGGUUUUAUGUCUGGUCGGGCUCAUCAGUGAAACUGUGUUGACGAAUUCGAACAGAUUUUAGAGAGAUUCUACCUGUAAUGCUUUAAGCUGCAUAAUGAAUCAUUAACAGCAAGAUGUUAUAGAGUAUUUUAUUAUCUCUUCAUGGCAAUACUUCACUAGAAUAACUUGUCAGAAUAAAUGUGUGUAAUAAAUCCUUAUAUAGACAGCAAGAUCAGUGUGUGUGAGAGUCAUGGUGAGUGAAGAUGUGUAUCCGUAAUUUCCUCAAGAUAUAUGUGUUGAUGGACAUAAUGGUCAUUUUGUUUUUAUUAUUAUUAAAAUCGAAAGUACCUUUCAGUUGAACUGCUCACAUAAAUGGUGCAUUAAAAACUGGUUUCCAACAGUUAACCUA